AUGGUAAGUAGAACGGGCCCAAUACCGAAUCAGGCCGAUACAAUCGCUUCCUGGCGCAGCCUGUGGUCAGAGCCCGUAAACCACAACGAAGGCCUUUGGACGGAAGUUGUAGCGAGUCAGUGUGCGAGUAUUACACCCAUGGACCCCGUAAUCAUAACGCCGGACGACGUAGCUGAGGCGCUCCGUAGGGCCCCGAACUGGAAUAGUCCGGGGCUUGAUGGAUUGCACGUUGCAAUUGUCACGCUGUGCUCGCCCGACAGUUUCAAGAGGCUCUCAACCAGAAUCGCUCCCGAGCCUCUUCACUACUGGGAUCACUCUUUUGGUUCCUAA